AUGGAGCUGCUCUUCAUGUUCUUGCCGCUUUUCCUUUUCUUUCUCAAUAAACCGGAGUUUAGCCUCGCUGAUGAAGGAUCACCAUGGCAGAAAUAUUUAACCACAAUUUCAGAGUCUGUUCAGAAUUAUCAACCUUGCAGACAGGAGAACUGCAGCUGCCACAUCAGUGUCCUAAAGGAUGACCUAAAGCCUUUUGGAGAGGGUAUCUCAAAGGAUCUGAUGUUGGAUACUAUUCGGCGUGGUGUUGGCACACAUUACCAGAUCAUCAAACACAAACUCUACAGAGAACCAGAAUGCAUGUUCCCAGCAAGGUGCAGUGGAGUGGAGCAUUUUAUUCUGAAAGUGAUUGAUAGGUUACCUGACAUGGACUUAGUGAUCAACGUGCGAGACUAUCCACAAGUGCCUAUGUGGGUUCAGCCGGCACUGCCUGUACUUUCCUUUAGCAAGACACCAGAUUAUCAGGACAUCAUGUAUCCUGCAUGGACGUUUUGGGAAGGAGGGCCUGCAGUUUGGCCCAUUUACCCUACAGGACUGGGUCGCUGGGACCUGAUGAGAGAAGAUCUGAAAAAAUCAGCAGCUCGGUGGCCUUGGAAAAAGAAAAAUCCCAAAGCCUUUUUCAGAGGCUCCAGGACCAGUCCAGAAAGAGAUCCUUUAAUCCUGCUCUCCAGAGAAGAUCCAAACCUGGUUGAUGCUGAGUACACCAAGAACCAGGCUUGGAAGUCUGAGAAGGACACUCUGGGAAAACCUCCAGCCACAGAAAUUCCUCUGGUUGACCACUGUGAAUACAAAUACCUUUUUAAUUUUCGAGGGGUAGCAGCCAGCUUCCGCUUCAAGCACCUUUUUCUCUGUGGCUCUCUGGUGUUCCAUGUAGGGGAAGAGUGGUUGGAGUUUUUCUAUGCACAGCUUAAACCCUGGGUUCACUAUAUUCCAGUCAAACAGGACCUCUCUGACCUCAGGGAGCUGCUGCAGUUUGUCAAGGAAAAUGACAAAGUUGCAGAAGCAAUAGCAAUGAGGGGUCAGAAGUUUAUUGAGGAUCACCUGCGCAUGGAAGACGUGUCGUGCUACUGGGAGACGCUGCUCACUGACUUUAGCGAACUGCUCAAGUACAAGCCCAAACGCAAAUCCAGCUACAACCAGAUCACACGCAAACCUAACCGGUCUGAACUCUGACCUGCAGCUGCAUUACACUCUUUACAGUAAUGAUUUUAACUUGUCAAAGGCAAGACAGCUGUAGUAAGAACCACAGCCUUCUUCAAAAAAAUGAAUACUGAAAAUGGUUGUAUUUACAUUUCUUUAGUGGUAACUGGCCUAGAAGUUGAAAUUUACAUACAGAAUAAAUUCAGCAUUUUUGAUAGGAACAUUUUGGUUCCAUAACGUACAUACUACACACACUACAGCAGCUUUUCUCAGCCAUUUAUAACCCUGUUUUUUGCAACAACAUGUAAAUGCAGGUUUACAGGAUCAGCUGUAUAGAAAAACGCUGGCAAUCAUCCUUCCGAGCUCUGGUGUAAAUGUAUUGUUUUUUUAUUUUUUGUAUGUCACAUUGUUAGUCAAGGGUAAAACUCUUAAGAUGACCUUGAGUUUUCGUUUUCUCUCCCUAAUUUUAACUUUGGUUUUGUACGCUGAAAAGUAAUUCAAACUAUUGCAUAAGUAUUCAUAAUUUUUUGCUAAAUUUCUGUAUAUUUACCCAUAAGUCUGAUAUUUAUGGGUGGGUUCAUUACUGCCCCCUCUUGUCCAUUAGAUGGAAACGCAUGCUGACUAUAAUGCAGGUUUAAAUUCCUUUGUGCAGGACCUUUAUUACCAUUCAAACUACUCAUCAGUUCAUUGCCAGAUUUAAUAUUUGUACUCCAGCUCGAUGAUUACUCAGCAGUAAUGGACCUGCAGUGACCAUUUCUGCUCAUGUGUGGAUUUGAACUGCUGUUGCAGGUGUAAAGUACAACAAGCAAGCCUGACUUGUGUUUCGGAAUUACAUUAAGUAUUAGGGACUUGCUCUGUGUAAUAAGCAAUAGAAAAGCCUAAAAGUGCCACAGAAACAUUUGAAUGUGAACCUUGUCAUUUAUGAGACAUUGCAAUCGUGCUCUUACUUAUAGGUUAUCAGCUAGGGCCACAUUGGCUAUGCAAUGUUGAAUAUGUUCUAGUAUUCCUAAAUAGAUAGCAGUGCUUUUUGUGUUUAGGUAAUGAAUGUCCAAAGCAAAAGUCAAACUGAUAAUGAACUUCAUUGUUGCAGUGUGCUUUUACAUAAAAAUGUGUGUUUAUAAUUUUGUAUUUCACUACAAAAACAUUCGUAUUAUCUACACGUGUUUCAAUUCAGUGUUUCUAUACAUAUACAGUACAUGUGAAUAUAUGAAAUAAAAGUGUUCAUUAAAAA